AAUCGCCAGUGAAUCUUUUGGAGAUUCACUGAAGGAGCGACGCCAUCCGGACGCGCUUUGUUUGUGGACGAACACUAACCCGUUUCGGAAAUGUGGACAGAAACUGGGAAAUUAUUAUUUUUUCAUGUUUUAGUUUGGGAAUUAUACUCCGCAAAAGGUGCUGAAACUGGCGCUGACACGGAGUGCGAGGACGGACAGUUUCAGUGCAACAAUAAGAGAUGUAUUCCCACCAUAUGGAGAUGCGAUGAUGAUGAUGACUGCUCUGAUAACAGCGAUGAGGAGAACUGCUUGAAGAACACAUGCGCUCCCUCAGAGUUUGCGUGUGCGAAUGGUCAGUGUGUUCCUGGGCGCUGGCGGUGUGACGGAGAACCAGAGUGUCCGGAUGGAUCAGAUGAGGCUGAUGCCACCUGCACUGUCAAACAGACUUGUCCACCAGAGAAGUUUGACUGCGGAGGGAAGUGUGUGUCGCUGUCCUGGCGGUGUGAUGGGGAAAAAGACUGCGAAAAUGGUGAAGAUGAAGCGGACUGUGCAGCAGGUGAGUCUGCUCUCUUUCCCUCAGACUGUGUUUGAUUCUCCGCAGGGAGUUUUGUUCAAGGCUGAGGUGAUAGUUUGAACUUAGUUUCACCCUAAAGCUGUGGACC